AUGGUACGCAUGAAUGGCCUGGCAGAUGCUCUCAGAAGCAUCAAAAAUGCAGAAAAGUGGGGAAAAUGCCAGGUUCUCAUUAGGCCGUGCUCUAAAGUAAUUGUCCAGUUCUUAACUGUGAUGAUGAAACAUGGUUAUAUUGGCGAAUUUGAGAUCAUUGAUGAUCACAGAGCGGGAAAAACUGUUGUGAACCUCAUGGGCCGAUUAAACAAGUGUGGUGUAAUCAGCCCCAGGUUUGAUGUUGAAUUGAAAGAUCUGGAAAAGUGGCAGAAUAAUCUCCUACCCUCGCGUCAGUUUGGGUUUAUUGUGCUUACAACCUCAGCUGGCAUCAUGCACCAUGAGGAAGCAAGAUGA